AUGGCUGCGACGCCACCGGCCUUCACGGGCAACCUGAAGAAAGCACUUGCAGGUCUGAGAAGAAUCAAUUUAGAUGGGCUGCGAUGGCGUGUAUUUGAUGCUAAGGGUCAGGUGCUUGGACGAUUGGCUUCCCAAAUAGCUGUUGUGCUUCAAGGCAAGGAUAAACCGACCUAUGCACCACAUGUGGAAAAUGGAGACAUGUGCAUUGUACUUAAUGCAAAGGAUAUCAGUGUUACAGGAAGGAAAAUGACAGAUAAGAUUUACUACUGGCAUACAGGGUAUGUUGGCCAUUUGAAGGAAAGGAGGCUCAAGGACCAGAUGGAGAAAGACCCAACUGAAGUGAUUCGCAAAGCUGUGCUGCGCAUGCUUCCCCGCAACAGACUGCGUGAUGUUGAAUAA